UGCACACAAACCAAAAAUGACAGCUACGGAGUACCCAAAUACAUCUCCGGAUCCGGGAUCCGGGGUAUCAACUCCAAAUUCAUUAGAGAAGAAGGCACUUGCUGAACAACUUGGCGAUGUCCACAUGAAUAUUCUUCCUCCAAAGAAAUUAAUCAUUUGUUUGGCUGCCAUGUCCUUAGGACUUUUCAUCAGCUUUUCCGAUCAAACCUCCAUAACUGUGGCACUUCCAAAUAUUGCCUCUGAUUUAAAUGCUGAAACAACCAUUAAUUGGGCAGGUACAUCUGCUCUCUUAGCAAACACAGUGUUCCAAGUCUUGUUUGGUAGGUUGUCAGACAUCUUUGGUCGUAAAACUGUUCUUAUGACAUGUCUUGCUAUUCUUGCAAUUUCAGAUUUAGCAUGCGGAUUUGCACAAACUGGAGUACAAUUUUUCAUCUUUAGAGCCUUUGCAGGUAUUGGCAAUGGAGGUAUUCAAUCUCUCACCAUGGUGAUUAUGAGUGAUAUUGUUACAUUAAAACAGAGAGGGAAAUAUCAAGGAAUUUUAGGGGCCCAAGUUGGAUUAGGGAAUGCUAUUGGACCAUUUAUUAUGGCGGGGUUCAUUAAACAUUCCAAAUGGAGAAAUUUUUAUUAUAUGAUGACUCCAUUGGUUUGUCUUGUAGCAAUCACCAUCUUCAUUUUGGUUAAGAAUGAUAGUACUAAAAAUAAUUUAGAUAAUGUUUUAUCAAAUCGGGAGAAAUUUAAAAAUAUUGAUUAUUUUGGAUUAAUCUUCCUGUCAGCUGCAUUGACACUUUUAUUGAUUCCAAUCAGUGGAGGUGGAUCCACAUAUGCAUGGAAUAGCACCAUUGUUAUUGUGAUGUUUAUAAUUGGUACCUUGUGUCUUUGUGGAUUCCUUUUCAUCGAAUGGAAAGUUUCUAGAUUACCAAUGAUCCCACUUCGUCUUUUCAAACAUUUACUGUUGUCACAAGUCUUAUUAUCCAAUUUCCUCUUUGGAAUGGCUUAUUAUGGAUUCCUUUAUUAUAUGCCAUAUUAUUUCCAAAUUGUUAGAAAUUUGGAUGUUAUUGUAUCAACAGUAUUUCUUUUACCCUUAGUUUUGAUGCAAUCCAUUAUUUCUAUUGUUUCAGGGCAAGUGAUUUCAUAUACGGGACAUUAUUUACCAACCAUUAUUUGUGGGUACGUCUUGUGGACUUUAAGUUGUGGUCUUUUACUUUUGUGGGAUACAAAUACAAACUAUGGGGCCAUUGCGGUAAUUUUAUUUAUUAUGGGAUGUGGAGUUGGAUGUACAUUCCAACCAACAAUGAUUGCAGCACAAGCGCAGGCGCGGAGAAGUGAAAGAGCAGUUGUGAUUUCUACUCGUAAUGUGAUUCGUUCCUUUGGUGGGGCAGUAGGGGUAGCAAUGGGGUCUUUAAUCGUUAGUAAUUCACUUUUAAAGGAAAUCACCAAAGCUGAAGCUUCCCCACAAGAUUAUGGGAAUAUUCCACAGAGCUAUUUACUUUAUUUUAAAGCUCAUUUAUAUAAUCGGAUUGAAAUGACAGGAAUCUCCGAGACUCAAGCUCAUUUCAUUAGAAAGAUGUAUAUGAAAUCAAUCCGUGAUUUCUUUUAUUUGACCAUCCCAUUGAUUGGUAUUUGCUUGGUAUCGACAUUGGUUGUCAAAGACACCGGGUUACAAUGUAUUGAUGAGAAGAGACCAGAAUUAGAAGAAAAGAAGAAGUAAUAAAUAUAUGAAUUUCUAUAUAGAUAUAUAAUGAAUAAUACUUCAAAUUAAAUUACUAUUUUUAUUUUAAUAUUUAUCUA